GGGGCGGAAGCGCAGGUCCAUCCAGCGCAUGCGAGGAGCGCUUCUGGGCUUUCAUUGCCAAGGCAACCGAGUGGAGUCUUUCUCCCAGGCAGAGUGGCCUUUCUUUCUGUGAUAAGUUCCCAAUGGCUCCAAAACGUCCCAAGAGCGGCAGCGGCGGCACCGCCACUACCCCUGCGCCACCGGGAGCUGGUUCCAAGAGCUGGGAUUCUGCGCUAGUGUCUGCCCGCUUGGAGGAGGAAAAUUGGAUUCCCAGUAUUGCGUUGGUUAUUGGGAGCCAAGCGGAGGAUGAACUUCACACAAAAGCUCUGUCUCUUGCUGUGCAGGUGCCGCUGCGGAAGCUCUUCAGUGUGGUGUCUUGGGAAGGAAUCUUAGCACAGAUCAUGGAAGCUGGAGAUGUAAAAGCAAAGAAGACCAAAGAAAAAGAAACACCUCUGUACUAUGAAGUGAUAGAGGCAGCAAAAGGCAUUAUUGAUACUGGAGAACCACUUCCUGUAACUCUGAUUGGAAAAUUAAUUAAAUAUCAGAUGCUUUGCAUCAAACAGAAGGACCUGCAGAGAAGGGCUGCUGAAAAGAAGGCAACCGAGGACCAGGAAAAGGAGAAAGAAGACAGGGGAAAGGGGAAAGGGAAACCUGGUGGCAAAAAGGAGAAAUCUGCCACUGCCAAGGCUGGCGGAAAAGGAGGGAAAGGAAAGAAGGCACCUGACUCCCCAAGUGUGUCAGCCAUUAAAAAGGACACCAAGCUUAAACGACGUGGAGAAGAUGAUGAUCUUGAUAAAUACAUUGAUGAUGAACCAGAUGAUGGUGCUCAGUAUUAUUUCAUUGUUUGUGGUUUCCACUACCCUCAACUUUUGCCUGUGCUAUCCGAUCUUGGGAUCAAUGUUGGAAGUGUCAUUAAGAUUUCUUCUGACAAUUAUGAGCCACUCCACACCUACCUGGAAGAUGUAGCUCUGCAGGAAGAACCAUUUCUUGCACCAGAAGUUGCAGAAGCUGAAAGCAAGAAGAAAGAAAAGGCUGCUAAGGACCUGAAAAACUUCUGGAAAUACUUGGAACCAAUUCUGAACAGUGGGAAACCAGGAUCAAAUCUUUUUCAGAUUGCCCGACUCCAUCACACAGUUCAGGAAUCUACCUUUCCUGCUGACUGGAGUAACAUUGACAUGUUGCUUGAAUUUGGAACUGACCUCUUUGAAAGUGUGGCAUGUUUGAUGUAUGAUUGCCUGGAUUGGAAAAGACAGCAUCAGCACUACCUGAAAUCUACCAGAUUUAUUAAUGUUCCCGUAGUAGAAAAGAAGAGCAAAUCAGCAGCUGAGGUACAACCUGCUGCUCCAACUACUCCUUCAAGGAAAAAACAGGCUGCAGAAGAGCCUGUUGUACCAGUUUUAACAACAGAUGUAGACAUGAGGUAUUACAAUGACCUCUUGAACUCAAUCCCUGAUGAGGUUGUUUCUGUUGCCCUGAUACUGAAUUGCAUGUUGCAACAGGUUGUUGCAUCAGAAGAAAAUCUUACACCACCAAGUUUGGUUGUUCCAGAGCCACGUGAAGACGGGCUAGAUCAUACCAUUGCCAGUCACAUUGUGUCAAUCUUGCCUUCUCUUGCUCUUCCUGAGAGUGAAAAAAAGAAUCUUUACAACUCCUUUUAUCCUGAAAAUGAAGAAAAGAUGAUGGGUCAGAGAUGGCCUCUUAUAUUGAACUAUCAUGAUACUCUGUCUCAGAAGCUGUGCUUCCUAAAGAUACAAGAUGGUUUAGAUCCAGCAAAGGUUGAAGACGAAAUGAUGUACAAGCUACCUCUGAUGGAUCUUCUUAAAUUUCCUCUUCCGCCACCUGGAAACAAUACCAGACGUCUUGCCAGGAUUCAUGAACUCAUGCACUAUUGUACUACUGAACACAUGAACUGGGCUGAAGUAGAACGAGCUUUUAAAGUGUUUACAUUUGAAAGUCUGAGGCUGACUGGGGUGAAUGACUCUGGACUUCUGGAAGGCUGUGGCACAAUGCUUGGUGGUGAUUAUGAGGUGUCUUAUAUCCCAUGGGAUAAUCCUGCUAGGUUUGCUAGACAACUGAGACAACAAUUAAUUGAUAAAAAGGUAUCACAAGAAGAGAAUCUGAGCAGAUCAGGGCUUUACCACGAUAAGGGGUUUUAUAGUCGACAAUUUUUUCCUUUUUUAUUGGAGGGCAGUGCUCAGAGACCAUCAGGACCUUGCAAUUCAGAUUGGAUUGCUGAUGGUCAGGGGAAUGGUCUGAUCAGUUCUGUUGAAAAUAAGAUAAAUUCAGAUACAGAAUUAGCAGCCAUACAGGAGACGCAGCAGCGGUGUUUAAAAGACUGGAGUUUUGCUGAACAUUUUCAACCACAUCUUCUCUUCCAGGUUCUUCACAAUGCAACCCAGGAUUACAAGUGCAUUGAUUCUUAUUAUCACACUCAAGAUAACUCUUUGUUGAUAGUCCUUCACAAUCCCAUGAACCAACGUCGUCAGUUUCAAGAAUCCUGGAAUGUUGCAUUGCAUUCUGAUGUUGGAUUCAGGAAUUACCUGGAAUUGGUGGCUAGCUCCAUCGAUGAAUGGAUUCUAAGAGAAGAAACCAAAUAUCAGGAAGAAAAAAUGGCUAAAGAACUAGAAGCACUUAGGUUAGCUAAAGAGAUGGCAGAAAAAGUGCCUGAAGUCAAGUCCCCGCCUACUGGGAAAAAAGGUGCUGGAUCAAAGAAAUCCAAAAGUCCUACCAAAAGUAAAGUCGAUGUUUCUCCAGAACCUUCAGUUGAGAAUGGAAAAAAUGUUUUUGUCAGAGAUGACUCUCUCAAGGCUUGGAAGGAAGAGCAGGAGCGGCUCUUAGAGGAAGAGCGGUUGAAAGAAUUAAAAAAAGCUGAGAAGAAGGAAAAAGCCGGUAGCAAAAAAAAGGGCCAGAGUAAGGAGCCAUCAGCCUCUGAUGAAGGAAAGCCAUCCAAAAAGAAACCUUCCAAAGAUAAAAGUAAAUCACCAUCUAAAUCGCCAGAGUCGGCUAAAUCACCAGAACCUGAAGAUCAUGGAAAACUGCACAAGCAAAGUAAACAGAAUAUCCCUCCUCUACCACCAGAGAAAGAGUAUGAGUUUCUUGGAUACAACAUGGGUGAGAAUCCUAUUCAAGUUGCAGGGACUAUCCAAUAUCUAUUCCCCUCUGAUGGAGGACAAAUCCAGGCAGAAAAGAUAACAUUUGAAAAAGGGACAACUUUGGUCAAAGUGAAGGUGAUAAAGGACAAUCACAGUUUCUUCGUUCAUAUCAUAGACCCCCAGGAAUGCAAAAAAAAAAGUAAAACUAAACAAGAAAGUGGUGAAUCCCCAGAAGAACAAGAGACUGAGCCAGAAAUACCAGUAAAUCAAAGGAAAGCUGUGAGCAAGUUUGGAUCAUUUUCUGCAACCUUAGAAAAUGGCAUCCAUAUUUCCUUUAGCUGCUAUGGAGCUUCAGGAAAAGCAGCAGAUGAAAAGGAUCCUAACCUAGCAACCAUUUUGUCUAUCCCUUCCAUACAUGUGCCUGCUUCUGCUCUGGUUUCCUCAGCUGCAACUGUUUCUACUGCAGGAAAGGCCAAGCCUGCUAAAGAAAAAUCAGCCAAAUCCUUACCAUCUGCCAAGUUGAGUUCCCGUCUCACAGUGACUGGAUCACCAGAAGACUCUUCAAAGCAAGAUGAGAAAAAGGUAGAAGUAGAUGAAUUGAUCCAAACACAAGCUAUUCCAGAUCCCCGUGUUUUCAGUAAUUUGAAUGUGUCCUGCCCCAAUGGAUUGGUACUAACCUUUCUUGGUCAAAAAUUCACAGGUGAAGAAAUGGAAAACAAGGCCAAGAACGAAGAUGAGGAAAGCAAAAUAGAUGAGACUAAAUUGGAUGAGGUCAAGGUGGAUGAAAUUAAGACUCAAGAAGCCAAAGAAGAACAAAUGAAAGCCAAUGAGGUCAUAGCAAGCAAGGCCAAAGCAAAUGGAGACAAGGCAGAUGAAGCCAAAACCCCUGAUGUAUCUAUGGUGGACAGUGCCAUAAGGAAUGAGUCCAAUGAAGGCAAAGCUGAGGUUGAAACAGAGGACAGUGGGAACAAGAACAAGGAGUCUAGUUUUGAGAUACUUACUAAGCAGAGUUAUCCGCAAAGAGUGAAGCAUUCACAGCUGCAAAAAUCAGUGAAGAACCCAGUAGAGCAAGAAGUGUCUAGAGUUACUACCAGACAAGGAACUGUUAUAAAAUACAUGUUGGAUGGAUCCACUCAGAUACUGUUUGCUGAUGGUACAGUGAUCAGGAGUCCUGAUUCUGGCCCUGUUAUACCACCUCCACCUGCUCCAAGUACACCACAUACAGAGGUCACACCUCCUCCUGAAACAACCACCAAGAAAACCAAGAAAAGUAUCAAGGGUGUUCUAGCAGCAAAAACUGAAACAACUGAAGCAGUUACUCAAGAUCACCUGUCGGAUACAGAACAAUCCCCAGAUGCCCUGGCAGGCACCUGGAUAACCACUACCCCAUUAGGCAUUCAAGUAGGCACCAAGGGAUUAGAGAGACUGGAUCUGAAGCCACUGUUAGCCUAUCAAGCCACUGAUCCAGUUAACGGAACGGUGAUGAUAAUGAGGGAGGAUAGGGUGGUAGUGGUGGAGAAAAAAGACGGUUCCAGAAUAGUAGAUCAUGCUGAUGGCACCAGAAUAACCACUUUCUUCCAAGAAACUAUUGUGUCCAAUGACAGUGAAGAAACAGACACUAACCCUCACACCAUCACAAGGAAGGUGAAAUGUAUGCGUGUGGAAAAUCCAGACUUUGCCACAGUCAUAACAAACUGUGAGGACAGCACCUGUUGUGCCAUCUUUGCUGAUGGAACUUCAAUUAUAUCAAAGCCUCAAGGAACAUACCAAAUAUUGCCCAUGAACAAAGGUUGCCUCUUCAUCGAUGAAAAUUGUUCUGCAGUUUACUCUCCAGAGGCAUUUGAAAAAAGUGGAUGUGAACUUAUAUCCAGUUUUGAGGACCAGCAAGCAGGGAAAUAUAUUAUGAAACACAACUGCACUGUUGCCUGUGAGGUUAUGGAUCCAGAAGGAAACAUUUUCAAGGUCAUGGCUGAUGGCAGCACAUCUGAAUUCAUUGCUAAUAUUGAUUCUGAUGAAAAGGAAUUGGAACCCACAAAAAUUCAGAUUCCAAUCAUAUAUGGGGAACAUGCACCCAGAUUCUUCAUUGUCUAUGCUGAUGGCUCAGGGACUGAACUCCUCCGUACCAGGGAUGCAGACGAAUACCUGGCAAUGGCAUAUGGUGAUCCGGUUACAGCAGUUCUACAAGAGCCAAUACAAGAGUGCCCAGGAGUCCUAAGCAUGACCAUCGUCUGCCCUUUGACUGAAACGUCUCGAUGGGUAAUGAAGAGAGACUCAUCCACUAUCGUUCCUUAUAAUCUCCAAUCAAGGGCCUGGGAAAAAUUUCCUCCAGUUGAGAGGAAGACUCCAGGCCCUCCAUUUGGAAUGCAUGCUUGGAAAGGCCUGUGCAUAGAAUUCAAGGAGUUAGCAGGUUCUCCUGCACCUAUACAGAAAUGUCCAAAUGUGCUCCAAAUGCGUCGAUUGAUCCAGUAUGAGCCAGUCACUGAUGAGUUGAGAAACAAAUUGCAGCUUUCUGUGAAGGAGUACAUUGAGAAAAUCAUGAAGCAAGAAGAUGAAAUGGAAGAGAUGACUAUUAAAGACCCACGAAUGGAAGAGGAGAAGGAAAAUGCUGCUGACCUUCUCAAGCUUGUUAUGUCUUUUCCUAUAGUUGAAGAUGGUCUCUGCAGUAGAGUUCAGAUUGCUGAAAUAUAUGAGCAGGCAGCAACUUCACAAUUACAGCAUCCAUCAGGGGAGACACUCUCAAAGAAAACCGAAGCAUAUUGGCAGAAGUUCCGGCACGAAGGGGCAGUGGAGGCAUCUCUCUGGCAGAUGAAGCUGGAACAGACCAGGCAGGAACUUGAGGAUGGAAAGAACUGUCUUAUGAAUAUAAGGAACAGAGUCAUCCCCCCAUAUUUCAAAUCAGAAUUUGGCAUGGAAUUUCUGCAAAAGGAGGUUCCUGAUGUUGAAAAUCUUUCAAAAAUGCUCCCUCCAUUUCCAAAGAAAGAACCGUUGUUGGAUACAAUUAUAGAAUCCACUGAAAGCAAAACGGCUGAAAGCAGUUUAGAAACUCAAGAACACUUGGCCAGAAGCUGCAAGCAUUCUGGAGAUUUGCUCCUUAAUUCAUCAGUUUAUUCUUCAGUCUGUGCUGAAAUCUUUCCCGAUUUCUCUGCAACAGAAGUAGUUGAGAAUAGACUGGAGAUGUUUUUCCAGCCAAAACUCCAGUCUCUUCUGGUAGACGCUGCAGGAUCCCCAAGGAAAGAGAAAGUGAAAUUGCCCUCGUCCAUCCAGAGAGUCAGGCCACAAUAUGUACCUAGACAAAAGGGUGAAGAUCCUGUUUCUGGCAAAGUUCAUACAUGCUCUGUUGCAGCAGCUUCACAACUGUCAGGCUUUCUUCUCAUUCCACCUAAGGUGUCAUUUGGAGUUCUCAAAGAGGGCUGCUCUUAUGCAGCUGCAGUGGCCUUGAAGAAUGUUGGAACUCAUUUCUGCAGGUUUCGGGUGAAACAACCACCACCCCGCACUGGAUUACGAGUGACCUACACCCCAGGCCCUAUAGCUGCUGGGCUGCAAACCGAGCUGGAAAUAGAGAUUUAUGCUAUGGCUAUUGGAGUGGAAGGCGAUGAGGGCUCGGGUGAAGUUUUCCAUCAGAUUGAAAUUUACACAGAAACAGAAACUCUCUUCCUACCUGUGGAAGCAACAGUCUUAACUCGUAACAUCUAUGAUUGCAGACCCCCCAACUACCCUCAAGGAAGAAAAGCCUCUGCCAUCCGGCUGGUUUCAACAAGUCCAAACUCUCAUUUUAGAGUUAUACUACCCCACAAGCUUCCUGGUUAAUAUUCCUUGUCUCACUCUCCUGGCAGAAUUUCGGCAUCAUCCUUAGUGAUCGAUCUGCCACAUUAUGCUGUGAUGGGAGUUUCAGUGCUGGAAGAAAGACUACAAUGAAGUUGUACACAGCCGUGUUAUCUUUUCUUUCUCUUUUUAUGCAGAACAGACCAUGGCUUGGAAUAGAUAACAUCAUGACAGUCCUACAGUGAUAUUGUCUAAAAGCAAAAUUAUCGUAUUUUUGAAGGAUAUAAAAAACACAUCAGUUUUUUAGUAGUGUUUACCCUCU